UAUGAUCACAACACGCUCAGAUGUAGACGUUGUUCAUCAAACAUGCACAAGAUUGUAACAAAAUUCACGUCACUAUACCGUUAAUGCAAUAAUGUUCAUCCGGCACAAAGAGUGAGGUUAAAAUCUAGACAAGUUAACAAAUCGUUCACGAAAAGAAAAUCAUACGGCAACCGAAACUGUUUCAGUUUUCCCUAGGAAAACCCUAUUUCAUAUUUUUCGUAAAACAGCACUUAACAACUUCGAACGUCAGCCAACAUGAGCGGCGAAAAGUGUGAAACCCAGCAGCCGACAGGUGUGCCACUACAGCAGGUGGUCGAUCAGCUGACCGCUUUCGCGCCUCUGUCGCUUGCUGAGCCCUGGGACAAUGUCGGCCUUCUGCUGGAGCCAUACACGGCCCGACCCGUGUCCGCCAUCUUGCUAACCAACGACCUCACACGGCCCGUCAUGCAGGAGUGCCUCUACAAGAAAAUAGACAUGAUCAUCGCCUACCAUCCGCCGAUAUUCAGCGGCAAGAAACGAAUCACUAACAAGAAUUGGCAGGAUCAACUCAUAUCCUGCUGUAUGGAGAACCGCAUUGCAUUGUAUUCGCCGCAUACCACUUGGGAUUCUGUGCCUGAUGGAGUAACUGACUGGUUGGCUAGCGCUUUUGGAGAUAAAUCAUCAUUCAAAUCCGUGAGUGUACUGGAGCCUCAUACAUCUUUCGCUAAACCAGCAGACCACAAGUUUUCUGUGAGAGUUUCUUGUUCUGGUUUUUCUUGUGGAGAGGAAUCCAAGAUUGACGAUAGUCUUCAAAAAAUUGGGCUUAAAAUCACUAAUUUCGAUUCAGAUGGAUCAAUGAGGAUCUUUUCAGGAACAUGUGCCAAGAGCUCCUUGUUGGACCUUCGUAGCUACGCAUCUACUCUAUAUGAUGGUUCAUGUGAAGUCUACAACUUAGUGCCGUUACCAGAGCCAGGUACGGGAGGGGGAAGGCUGGUUGAACUUAAACAACCAAUCACAAUUGAGGCAGCCAUCGACAUGAUGAAAGCUCAUCUUGAAGUGAAGCAUGCUAGGAUAGCUUAUGCUGUGGGAGCUACUAAAGAGACUCAGAUCAGCAGCAUAGCGGUGGUUCCCGGCUCGGGAGCGAAACCAUUAUCAGGUGUGAAAGCCGACCUGUACGUCACGGGAGAAAUGCAGCAUCACGAUGUGCUAGCAGCCACGCACAAUCACGCAUCCGUGCUCAUGACCACGCACUCUGACAGCGAACGUGGAUUUCUCACGUAUUUCCAAGAUGAGCUCACCGAACGUCUCCAAGGCAAAGUCAAAAUUCAUGUCUCUCAGGCCGAUUGUGAUCCUAUACAAGUUGUCUGAAACCAAGACUUCUAAAUAGGAAAUUGAAUGACUGUAAAAUCUGAAUUCACUUCCAAACAAUAUAUUGAAUGACUGUUAGGGCCGUUUGCACAGUCAAAGUUUAAACUGUAUUUGUUAAAUACACAUUAAUUGUUAAAUACACAUAAUUAUUUGUUAAAUACACAUUAAUUUGUUAAUCACAUUAAUCAGCUGUUGGCUUAAACUCAAAAUGAAUCACAUAAUAACGGACGGUACUUGAUAGGGUUUUAAUCCAGUUUAAAAUGAAAUUUAGUUUAAACUGUCACUGUGCGAACGGCCCUCAAAGUACAUAAUGUCAGUAAUAUUAUAGAGAAAAUAUAAGAAUAUAUCCCUUGAUUUGUAGAAUUUAUUCAAAUUUUGGAAGUUUUGUAUCAAAUUUUGGUGUUGUAUAUCAAUUUGAGAUGAUACUGUAUCAUAUUGUGUUGAAACUGUAUCAUUUUGUGGUGAUUCUGUAUCAUUUAUGGUGAUACCGUAGAGAAAAGAUAGCAUAAAGUGCAAACUGUCAGUAAUGGUCAUCGAGAAAAAAUAGCAUAAGAAUACAUCCCAUGGUUUUUAGAAUUCAUUCAAAGUUUGGAAGUUUUGUAUCAAAUUUUGGUGUUGUAUAUCAAUUUGAGAUGAUACUGUAUCAUAUUGUGUUGAAACUGUAUCAUUUUGUGGUGAUUCUGUAUCAUUUAUGGUGAUACCGUAGAGAAAAGAUAGCAUAAAGUGCAAACUGUCAGUAAUGGUCAUCGAGAAAAAAUAGCAUAAGAAUACAUCCCAUGGUUUUUAGAAUUCAUUCAAAGUUUGGAAGUUUUGUAUCAAAUUUUGGUGUUGUAUAUCAAUUUGAGAUGAUACUGUAUCAUAUUGAGUUGAAACUGUAUCAUUUUGUGGUGAUACUGUAUCAUUUAUGGUGAUACCGUAGAGAAAAGAUAGCAUAAAGUGCAAACUGUCAGUAAUGGUCAUCGAGAAAAAAUAGCAUAAGAAUACAUCCCAUAGUUUUUAGAAUUCAUUCAAAGUUUGGACGUUUUGUAUCCAAUUUUGGUCCUGUGUAUCGAGUUGAGAUGAAACUGUAUCAUAUUGUGUUGAUACUGUAUCAUUUAUGGUGCUACCGUAGAGAAAAGAUAGCAUAAGAAGAUAACCAUGGUAUAGGGCGUUUUUGUUCCAAAUUUCACUAGCAACUGAAGCCGAUAGUUCUAGUAGUAGAAGCUAUGUGACGCUGGUAGUCUCUCAGUCUGUGCCGUUCUUAUACUUUCAACCCAACAACACAGUAAUAAUCGACAGUAAUCUGCAUGAGUUACCAAGAAAUCGGCUUGAAGUUCGGAGCAUAAACGACCUAUACCAUGGGAUAUCUUCUUAAGGUAGGCGCACACAGAUCGUCAUCGGACGGACGGCACACAUCGGACGAUUAGAUUUGAUGCAUUGUUUUCAAUUGGAGUGCGCAUACCUAUACGAUGCAUCAAAUCUAAUCGUCCGAUCCGUCCGAUGCGUGCCGUCCGUCCGAUGAUGAUCUGUGUGCGCCUACCUUUAUGCUAUCUUUUCUCUAUGGUAAUAUCAAGUCAUUUCCAUAAUUCACACCAACUCUGUAUGUAUUGGCCGUUGAUAUAUGAUGAGAACAAUUGAUAUGACAGCAUUGUUGAAAUUAUGAGCUGAGGUAUCACAAUGCUGACAAUUCCAGUGAAUAUCACUAUACUAAUCUGUUGAAUUUGUUUGAGAACUGAUUGAAAGCCAACUUUAAAUACUCAAAGUAAUAUUGGAAUUGCUUGGGAACAUUGUAUUAAAAAAAUAUUGUACACUAAUAAAAAAGAUGAAGCGUUUUAAAAAAAUAAAUAUGUGAGAUUAAUAA